UAUUUACAGCACCUAUCAUGCGUGAAUCGGAACUAAUCUAUCGACGCCGGCUUUAUCCCGCCAUUUUGGCAUUGUAGUUUCCGGUUGACAAAUUAUGCACGAUUUUGUGAUAUUUUAGCGUGGAUUUAGUGUUUGUCGUGUUUUUUUUACACCAAAAUGGAUUGGCAAUUAACCUGCCGAGUAUGUCUGGAAACUGGCGAUAUGGUAUCUUUAUUCGAUUGGGAUGAAAAUAACGAACAACUCGGUGACAAGUACACUUACUGCUGUGGCGUGGAGGUGACGAAAAAUGAUUCUUUGCCCACGCUUAUCUGUCUGAACUGCGUGGACCGUUUAACAUUCGCGUUUCAGUUCAAACAGCAGUGUUUGUCGUCGAACGACACUUUGAAAGAAUGUCUCGAGGAGUUUAUGAGGAGCUCUGCCGCUGUGACGGCUUCUUCGUCCAAGAAAACCGUAACAGAAACGGAAACGAUAAGCAUAAAGCAAGAGAAUGGCCUGCUGUUGCAAUAUGAGCUGCCCGUGGAGCAUGACCCUCAGAUCCAGUGGACGCGGACACUGACCAAGACUCCUAACAAUGCUGUGGUGACUAAGGCUCCCAAGCAGAGGGGCAGGGGACGGCCGAGGAAGUAUCCUAACAAACAGGGUCAGAUUGAUGUAUCACCGUACCAACGCAAGAAGCAGAAAGAACCUCAGAAAGAGCAGGAGUCCCUCACAUCGCUGUUGGCUUCCGGCUCUCUGGACCUCAAGCAGGAGCCUGGGGAAGAUGAGGAACCGUUUGACAGUGCUGACUUUGCCGGAGGUGAUGAUCCUGAUUUCGAACCUGAUGAUGAAGCGGAUUCCGAUGGAGGCGUUAAAAAUGAGGUAACAACACCACGUAAGCGGGGUCGGCCGCGCAAGGUUGUGGCAGAGAAAUCUGAAGAAGGUGAUGACGGCGAGGACAUGCUGCUGAAGGAGACCAUCAUGGCCUUCUCCGAGCCCAUUCCGGACCAUAUCCUCAACCCCAAGCCGAAGCAGAAGUAUACCAGCAAGAAGCGAUAUGUCUAUGAGAAAACGCAUACUUGCGAGACUUGCGGGUCCUCUUUCACAUCCAACGCGUCGCUGCAGGCGCACAUACGACGCCAUUUGGGUAUCAAACCCUUUGUUUGCAGCGUGUGCGGUUAUUCGUGCGUCCUCAACAUGGAGCUGCGCCGCCACAUGAUGCGGCACACGGGCCAGCGGCCCUACAAGUGCCGCGUGUGCGACCGACGGUUCGGAGACUUCGGCUCCAGGCAGAAACACGAAAGAUUGCACAUGGGUGUCCGUCCCUACCAAUGCUCUCUGUGCGGCAAGGCGUUCACCUACUCGUACGUGCUGGCUAACCAUAUGCUAACACAUACCGGCGAGAAGAAAUAUUCUUGCGAACCAUGCAGCAAGAAGUUCACAAAAGCCCACCACCUUAAAUACCACAACAAGGUGCACCACCAGGAGCUGUACAUCCAGCAACAGCUAGAGCUGGAAGCCAAGAAGAUCAGACAGCAGAUCAAUGUGUCCGGUCUGUCUGGCGUUCUCUCCGGACAGAUUGUAGAUGGCGCCCUGCAGCUCAUACAGACUCCGGAGGAAGAUGGAGAGCAGGAGCUGCAGAUGCACGUUGUGGAGGAGGCCAAUUCGGACAGCGAGGCCAAGGAGACCGACCGGGCCGUCGCGGGCAUGCAAGCGGUGGUGUUAGACAGCGAAUUCUCUAUGGAAGAAGACGACAAGACACAAUAGAAUACAGAACAUAGAAUCACUGUAGGUAAUGUUAAAUAAUCUGUUAGUUAGACAUAAUACAAGUGAAGCCCCGUCGUAUACACGCAACCAUGAAGUUGUAGCCAAUUAUUUUCAUU